CCUGCGCGAGGCGCUGACUCUGAAUGGAGCGAGAGCUAGUACGUAGUCGCCGCGCGAGGCAUGUGCUGAAGCAAGGAGAGAGAACGCGCGCAACAGAAAAUCCACCGUGACUCUGGGGAAAAAAUCACGCUAGCUCCACCGGGCUGAACAACAGUCCAGCACCACUGUUGAGGAGGCACCAGUCAUGGAGCAAUGCCGGCGCGUUCUCGACCUCGGCAGCAGCACCGCACCACACCGCGACAGCAGCAGCAACUCUUCAAGUGAUGCGGUGUCUGAUUCCUGUCCUUGCCUCUCGCGUUGGUAACAGUCCGGUGGAAACGGGGCAGUCAAGCAUAAAGGAGAAUAACUUGCAAUUGUCAACUUUUCAGUGAGAGGGCGGCGAAGCAGCGCACAUAGGUGUGACCAUUUCAUUUCUGCUUUGAGACUGUGACGGAGGGAGCACGGGACGUUUGUCGACUUCCAGAGGUUUUGAUGUAAUUGCAGUCUACAGUGGAAAUGUUUCGCCUUUGAUAGUUUCAGCUGAGGUAGCUGGCUGCUGGAGAAACUGAACGGACUUCCACUGCAUGUGCUGCAGGCUACCCACAGCAUUUCAACAACAGUCCGCUGAACCUGGCUUUGAUUUUCAUGUGCGCGCCGAUGCGUGGAAUUCAAUGUUGUGAUUCAUGGAAGUGAGCGACUGCAAGCUUAAGCACUAUUGACUGACUGGAUGGUAACCAGUUAAUGAGUAGCGUCAAAGAAGAGGGGAGUUUAAGUUGAGUCUGCCGGGGCUGGCGAGGAAUGGAUCGGAAGGACAGCUGCGAGCGCUUGUGGUUCUUGUGAUGGACGUGUCAAACAUCGCGCAUGGCGUUAAAAUAAUGUCGAUUCCUCCCAUUUAUUGGAUCAAGUGGAUUUUAGUCGAUAUGGUGUCAAUUGUUUCUGAAAAAUUGAGCCACGGAUCGACCUAACGCGACGGAUCAUUUGCCCACUAUUCUGAAGAACGGUGCACGGCAACUUACCGGUUUAUGCCGCUGUAUCUCCUCGUGAAUCGUAUUUUACGAGGACACUGAAUUUUCUGAAAUUUUAUUUAAGUAUUUCCACUUGUUACCCGUUUAUUCUUCAUAGCGCCAGGUGGAACUCGGACGGGGAUUUCCGCCACAGAAAGCCUUUAAUCUCAAUAUCAAAAGUAAAGAAACUUGUGAAUAGUUAAUAUCACGCAUCAUCCACACCAUCCGUUGUGUGUUAAGAACUACAGCAGCCUUAUUCCCCUCUUAAGCAGCAUGGACAAGAACUAUAUGGCAUAUCAAAUGGAGUUGUCGCUGCUGCUCGUCGCCCUGUUAUCGUGGGUCGCGGUGUGGGCAGACGAUAGCAAGAUGAUCUCGGACCGAUACGGGGUCUACUGGAACAGCACGAAUCCCAGAUUCCUUCACGGGGAGUACACAGUAGAGGUCAGCAUCAACGACUACCUGGACAUCUACUGCCCGCACUACGAGGUGGAGCUGGUGCCUCAGGAGCGUAUGGAGCGCUACAUCCUCUUCAUGGUCAACUACGACGGCUACACCACCUGUGACCACCGCAUGAAGGGCUUCAAGCGCUGGGAGUGCAACCGGCCCCUCAGCGCUAACGGCCCACUCAAGUUCUCCGAGAAGUUCCAGCUCUUCACCCCCUUCUCCCUCGGCUUCGAGUUCCGGCCAGGACACGAGUACUACUACAUCUCGUCUCCACACCCCAACCUGGCAGGGAAGCCAUGUCUGAAGCUGAAGGUGUACGUCAAGCCUACCAAUGACUCUCUGUAUGAGUCUCCAGAGCCCUUUCUGACGGACGACAGUGCGAGUGGAGGCAGCGCUGGUCUCUCCCCACGGCUCUCCAUCACACUCGCCAUGCUGCUGAUGCUGCUGCUGGGCUCGUCGUCAUAGCAGCGCUGCUGAUGCUGCUGCUGGGCUCGUCGUCAUAGCAGCGCUGUGACCUGCCCCCUCCUGACCCCUCCCCAAACCCCCACCCAA